CAGUCCCCUUAGAGCAAAGAUGGCGGACAGAGCAGAGACGACAUCGUGAAGAGAUUUCCUACCUAAAUGCGCCCAGAAUAAGAUUCUUAAUGGAUCUUUUCAGAGUAGAGAGGUACAUGGGAGAGGAUGUAGACCAGGAAAAUCAACAGGGUGAAUCGUUAAGGUUGACACGACUGCAACGCGACAUUGAUAAUCGAAAAAGAAAGAGAAAUCUUGAAGGCAAGCACGUGUUUUCUGGUAAUGAGUCGAAGGCUUUGGACCUUCAGCAUCGUUUGUCGGAAGUGCAAGGAGAGAGAGCUGAGAAAGCUAAGAAAAAGAAAACAAAAUCCGCCUCAGAAGGGCACAAAUCAAAGAAGAAAAGGUCUUUGAAUGACGACAGUGAUGAGUCAACAUCAAAAUGUCCAAUCAUGGAAACUUCUGAUGAUCAUGGGUCUUUGGAGAAUGAGUCAGUGGAAAAACGACCAAAGAAGAACAAGGUGAAAGGUUCCAAAAACAAUAUUAAGGCAAAGAAACGUUCGACGGACAGCUUAAUUACAGAAGCUUUAGAUGACGAUAUUGAUAUUUUUGUUGGUUCGGACUCUUUGUCUGAAAAUUCAGGAGAGAAAAAUGGUAAUAAAAGAAAGGAAAAGAAAUCUAAGAAAAAACUGAACACGACGUCUACCAUUAAAGGUCUUACUGCAGAAGAUCAUGUGGAGAGAAAAGCUGAGGUUUCUGUUGAUUCAGAGGUGAAAAUGGUUGUAGACAAAGAGACAGACAUUGAAAGAGAAGACGUUGAACAUGGUGAAAUUUCUCUAGACAUCCCUGAAGAAAAGCUUGCAGAAGAUAACAAAGAAACAGGAUUUACUGUUAUUGGUGGACAUAAGAGGGUCAGGGAAGCAAAAAAGGUGCAAAGGAUGUUACCCAAGUGGAUUGCAAACCCUGUAAUUAUAAGCUCAGACUUUGAAAGCGCUAUUCUGCCAGUGGAACAAAUACCUUACCUAGAUGCUUUUAUAAUUAAUAAACUGCAAAAGCGUGAUAUAAAUCACUUAUUUCCUGUACAGAGCGCUGUGAUCCCCUCUAUUUUGUCACAGAUGGAAAAUUACACCUUUUUUGGCAGGGGUGGUUACCAACCUAGCGACAUCUGUGUGUCUGCUCCUACGGGAAGUGGUAAAACUCUGGCUUAUGUAUUGCCUAUUAUACAGAGCCUUCUUCAAAGAGUUGUGUGCCACUUGCGAGCCUUAGUCAUACUUCCAACCAAAGAUCUUGCAAAUCAGGUCAAACAGGUUUUUGAAAUGUUUACAGAAGAAACAAAGUUAAAGGUGGGUCUGGCUUCGGGAUCAAAAUCGUUUUUAAAAGACCAGGAACAGCUUGUUAAUCAUGGGUGAGUUUCUUUUAUACCUUGUUUUAUGUUAUCAAGUUUCAGGCUCGAUUUCCAGCCACUGUUUGUGAAAAUGACCCUGCACUCUUCCCCUUGAAAGAGUAUUUCUUCAAGGAAGACUAUUGACUAACCCAGGAGACGGCAGAAGUCCAGCCCAAUAAAGAUUGAGUGAUGAUGUUACAGUGCACCCAGGAAAACCGUGAACACUCGAAAUAUCUCAGGAAUGCUAUUAAUAAUAAUAAUAAUAAUAUUUAUAGAGGGAGCCCAACUCGCCAAGGCGGUUUUUGUCCUAUUGUCUUGCAAGGAAAAAGCCAAUCAGGUGUGAGAAAACUAAACCGCAAGCAAGAACGUUAAUUAGUUUUUUGGUUUAGUGGCCAGUCUUCACUGUGAUUGUUCAUAACACAAUAAACAUUCCUGAGAUUUUUCAAGUGUUCACGGUUUUCCCGGUCACACUGUAAUUUAAACCCAUGAACAAUAGAUGGGUGAGGGAAAGGUGCCUGAACAAACUGAGGUGCCACAAACAAGCGGCAGAAGGUAUCCAUGACAACCGCUGUGAGUGAAAUGAUUGACCUCAGCAAAAGCACUGUAAAGUCACUAGAGCCUCGCAAAUGCCUGAGACAGCUGGUCAGUGAUUUUAACCUUGCCUAAAUUAAUUUAGCCACGUGAAAUAGGUUUUUCAUUUGAAAUGAGGCUAAAUAAAAUUAGAGCAAGGUUAACCCAAAACAGGCUCUAUUUUUGAGCAUGGGCUCUGUGGGGUUGCCUGUCAUACACAUUGUAGCAUAUAGGGCUGCUAUGCUGUUUUCAGAAUAUGAUCUACAAUACCUCCCCCCCCCCCUCAAGGGAACCUCCCCUUUUCCUCUCCAAGGAAAGAAUUUGUAUGCAAAGGAUGAACUUACAUGCAACAAUAUUCAUUGCCGUGAUGUCACAUGUACACACCUGUCACUGUGUUUUGCAGUUCUGUUGGAGGUAGCAGCCGUGUUGACAUACUUGUCUGUACUCCUGGAAGACUGGUUGAUCACAUCACAUCUACUCCACACUUUGUUCUUCAUCACGUACGGUUUCUUGUGAUUGAUGAAGCAGAUCGAUUGUUAGAUCAGUCCUAUCAUGGCUGGCUGGGAAAAGUUCUCAAAGCUGCAUAUAACAAGCAAUAUACUGCAGAAGGUCCCAUCAGCAACAACAGGUACAGGCAUCCCAAAAAAUUUAUUUAACCAACAAAGAAGCCUUGACUGUGCUCUGUUCAGUAGUGAAGCACAAGAAAGGGGCUAGAGAACAAAGAAGUGAGGAGGGAAACAUGAGACAAAGUUCAGUGUUUCGUCCUACUUCUUGAGUGCUCUAGCCACUUCCUUUCAGUGUUUCUGUGAUCACCUCUUAAUAACCAUUAUACAGCUAGUCAAGAAAAGGUUCAUCAAUAUACAUAAUUCUCAAAGCUACAUGAAAAGUAUUAUACCUUGUGGACCACUUAUGAGAAAUUGCUUGCUGUAAACCAUAGACAGGACUAGACUACUCUGGUCUGGCCUUUUUUUGUUCAGGUAACUAUCCCUUUUUCUCUUUUGUUAUUUUCUUUUUCUGACACUAAACAUUUUGAGGUGUGGAAAUCACCCAGCCUCUUGAUUAGUUUAGGGUACAGGAUCUCAUAUUUUUUGUCUUUUUCAUGCUUUUAGUUCCAUAUGUUGUAACCUUCAAACAGUCAGAAAUCCCCCUGGCCAGCAGACAGUUGCAUGUUUCGGUACCAUUCAGCUGCCUCUGCAAAAACUGCUGUUCUCUGCAACAAUGACCCACAGCCCAGAAAAACUUGCUCCACUACAGCUUUAUCAACCUAUGUUGUUUACUGUUAUGGGAAAUGUCAAUCAGAGAGACCAAAGAGUUUCUCCUUCAGGUAUUUGGCAGUACUAAUACACUACCAAAAUAAAGGCUGACUGAAAUAUGUACUUGGCACUAGUUCUUACAAAAGUGGUUGAUAAUCGAGCCCAAAGCCCCUUAUGACUUCUGGGCCCACUUGUUCAAAAGGUGGAUAACGCUAUCCACUAGAUAAAUCUCUAUCCAGUGGAUAGCGCAAUUGAUUUCCCUAAUACUUAUCCACUGAAUAGCAAUUUAUCCGGUUGAUAGCGCUAUCCAAAGUUUGAACAACCAGAGCUUGACUGAUAAUUAGCUUCUUCACAUUGCCGUGAAUUUGCACAUGAAAUAAGGGAGAAUUUGAACUUCAGCUUCACUUUACUUGGGUUUUUUAAAAACUGUCUAUGCACACCAAAUCCAAAAGGAAGUUGAGGUGCGCAGUUUCAAUGGUUUUGUUAGCUCACUACUGGAAGACUUCUUUACUAUGAAACUCAGAAAACCAUGAUCACCAGAAGUAUUUUUGGAAUGUUGUUGUGUUGAAGGAAAUUUAAAGCCAAUCAGGUAUGAGAAAAAUUAACUGCAGGCACCAUCAGUAAUUAGUUUGUGUAUUUGUGGCUUGCUCAUGUGCCUUGAUCUUUUUGGGGGUUGGAUAUAACACAAUAAACUAUCCUGAAAUAAUUCAGGUAUAAAUUUAAAGUUUUAUGAUUUUGACAGUUAACUGUUAGAUUCUCUUUGUAAUUCUCCUUUAACACAUGAAUGCUUGUAAAACAGAAUAAGAAUUUGGAAUCAGAUCAGGAGUCAAUUGUAGGCUAUUUUCUUGGGCACUCUGCCAGUUUAUUGUCUACUGCAGGGCCAUAGAAAGAUGUUUAGAACAGAAGAGGCAACUGUAUUGAGCACUAUAGAUGCGAGUGUCCAGAACACCCUUAAACAAUAACUUUGUCCAGUUAAACACUAGCAAGUGUUUGCUUUUCAUGAUAGACUUAACUGGGACAAUCUCAGUGCUAUGAAAAUACGUAUUUGUGUACUGAGGAAUAGUAGCAUGACAUGCAGAGCUCUCUAAGGCCAGUGACACCUGGGCACACUUGUCAAUUGAUUUGCUACUGUUUCUUCAAAACGUAAUGACAGCCUUGACAUGUCAUUAUCUCUUAGUUUCCACAGACCCCUCUGGUGCUUCAGUGCGAUACAGCAUUCCAGAGGGCCUGACAGAAUACAUGACAGUUUGUAACAGUGGAGAAAAACCCUUGGCAGUGUUGUACUUCUUAACACAGCUCAAGUUUCAGCGAGUUUUAUGUUUUGCAUCAUCACUGGAAGCUACACACAGGUACAGUAGGUCAACACCAGCCUGUAAAAGCAGGCAUGAUGCCAGUUAUUGUCACUUGGCUUCCUUUUUUGUUCCAAUAGUGACCCACAUCCAAUUUCUCCCAACAAUAACACUGCAUGAUCAAACAGACAGGUCAUAAGAAUGAAUCAAAUAAUCACCAAAGAUGAAAUGUUGUGAUGUUAAAACAAAUUCUCUCAAGCAGUACCAUAAGGAAUGUAUGAAGAACAGUGUGGAGAAGAUGCAUGUUGAUGCUGGGGCUUAAAGGGUUAAAUUAACAUGACGUGCAACCCAUGCCACUCAGCAAGUUCUGUGUUGUACAAAUUGUUAGCUUAUAACUGUUUUACUCUUACAGCUGUACAUUACUUUUUGGGCAAAGAGAAACGACAACUAAAUAUUCAUCUGCAUUUACAAACUUGUGGAAAUUUUCAAUACGAUAGAACCUUGAUAUAAUAAGUGAACCUUUAUAUAAUUACCAAGUCCUCAGUAAAAGGAAUGAUUUUCUUUUCCACAGUAAUAGUGAGAUAUAUGGAAAAGAACCUUAGUAUAAUAGAACCUCAUUAUAGCUUCAAAUUUUGUCAGUCCCUUGGCAACCUCAUUCCCAGGGCUCUCUCCUACCUGUCCCUACAGAGCGAUGAGUAGGAGAGAGCCCUGGGAAGGAGGUUGGGUUCCACCCUAGUUUUCAAAAGAAAUUUUUUGACUCAAAAUUUGAUUGUUUUUUCAGAAUUUAAUUUUUUAAAAUACUGAAACGCUAAUAUUGCAUCCUGUGAAAGUACAUGUACUGUUGAGGAUGUUUCAGUACAUUGUAGGUGUAACACAAGUUGAGAGACUAAAAAAGUUGGGGCUGCAAAGUUCCUUAGUGACUGUAGGAUUGCAAUGAUGAUGAAAUCUAAAUAGACCUGUAUUUAGCUUUGUUGUUCUGUUGCUCCAAUGUGGAUUUAGUAAGCAUUCUUUUUCAAACUGGUUCUUCUUGCGCACUCUUUUUCCGAGGAAAAUAGAAUUCAGAUCUCAGGGUCAUAGAGCAAAAAUUGUUAUCACAGUCAAUACUGUUAACCCUUUUAGCCCCAAUAUCCACAUACAAAUUCUCCAAACUGAUCCCAUACAUCUCCUUUAAGAAUUAGUUGAGAGAAUUUGAUUAAAGAUCAUAGAAUUUUCUCAAUGAUGAUCAUUUUAUUAAUUCUCAUAACUUUAUCUCUUGACAGUGUAUGGAUAUUGUUAGGAGAAAAUUGUUGUUGGUAACUAUUGGGACUUAAAGGGUUAAGUGUUGGUAUUAAUGUGGUGUCCAUAUUAAGCAGGUUGAAUUUCUUUGCCCAGAAAAGAAAACCGUCCGUACUACGCAGGAUUUGAUUUAAAUAUUUCCUACCUGAAGGCAAGAUGGCCUAAACUGUCUGCUUUGGACCACAAACCAAAAGUGAAAUCUUUUUUAUUUUCAACAGACUGUAUCUUCUUGUGAAGCUCUAUGGUGGAGUAGAAGUUGCCGAAUACUCCUCUAGUUUGACACCACAACAGCGUAAGGCAGUCCUCAGAGAUUUCCGAUCAGGCAAAGUUCAGCUUCUCAUCUGCUCAGAUGCCAUGGCAAGAGGAAUGGACAUCGAGGAUGUGUUGUUUGUGAUCAGUUAUGAUGUGCCCAACUUUAUCAGGAGUUAUAUUCAUCGUGUGGGUAGGACGGCAAGAGCUGGGAACAAAGGUAUGUACUAUAGCACACAGGACUCCAAGCUGACUGCUGGAUAUCACACACACCAGACAAUAGCUCAAUGGCAGUCAAGUGAAAUUAAACUAAAGGAAUAACUUCAAAGCUAAGGUUGUCAUUUUGAGUGUUCAAAGGUCAUUUCCUGGCCAAUAUACUGUUAUCAUUUUUUUUUUGGCUUUUUGUACUUACCGGAAAAUUUUUAUUCAACUUCAUUGUGUAUUUUGUUUCUUUAUGUUUACCAGGUACUGCCAUCACACUUUUGCACAGUGAAGAGGUACAUCAUUUCAGAGAACUGAUAAAAAAAACUGGGCGUGAAAAGAUCUCGAAAUACAACAUAAAAGAAGACAAACUUCAAUCGAUGGUGGACAAAUACCAGGAAACGCUGGCAAGACUACAAGAUACUGUCAAGUUGGAGAGUCAAAAGAAAUCACAGCCAAGAGGAAAGCAACAAAUAACAAAGUUGUUACAAGAACAGUUAAUGAACAAUCUUGAACAAAAACGGUGAAAUACCGGCAAAAUGUUGGUUUCAGUGAGCCAGCAGACAGAACAAACUGAAUUAUUCUUUAUAGAGGCAGCAAAAAUUUCAGGAGAUGAUAUCAAUGGC